ACUCCACGUUUAACAGGAAGUCGAGUAUGUCUAUAGGAAGAGAAAUGAAACUUCAGAGAGUGAAGUGACAGGUAAACCUUUAUUUCGUCUUCUCGUGUGACCAGAUUCUCCGACGGGAAGAAACAUUUACAGCGUGUCUGAGAAAGUAAGUAAGUAAAAGCCUGGUUUCACUGAUAUUCUUUAUCAAAACGAUAUGUUUUUAUUUGGAGACUUUCUCGUGUUGCAGCCUACUUUGCCCACCGGCCUUUUAUGUGUUGCUGACAUCGGCUUUGAAUCAAACUCUGAUAAAGACGCAGUGACAAUUGGUAUUCAUCCAUUUACACCCUGUAGUCUGACUUUAAAAGUCCAAAAAGAGUAGACUGUCAAACAAUGUGACGGGGAAACGGAGUGUCAAAGAUAUUUCCAGGGCUGAGUCUUUUGCCAAGUAAUAAGUACCAAUGAAAAAAAGCAAGUUGUGCAACAUAGUGUGGGCAGUAGCCUAGUUUUUUUUUUUUUUUUUUAAGGAAAUCAUGCUCUAUUUCUUGUGCGAUGAGUACAGUUAUUUUAAAAUCAAUCAGGAUUAUUAUAAGCUCUCUUAAAGUCUAAUUAUAGCACACAAAAAGAGCUGCUGUCCUCCCUGUUUUAAGUGGUUUGACAGGUUAAGGCUUUAACCUGCUGACGUGUAUGGGACAAUAUGGGUGGGUCACCCAUCCGUAAAGUCAGUUAAUCAAUUGUGCUUCAGGAAAUCAGACAGUAGGAUAUCCUGUUUCUCCAGAUCAGGUCUUGAUUACUGCUUCAGAUCAUUUUAUCUCUUCUUUAUCAUGAACCAUGUAAAAUGCAUGUACUAACAACUUAUUUUGUGCUCGACAGGUCUAAGAAUGGCAGAGAAGGUGUUGGUUACAGGUGGAGGUGGCUAUAUUGGGAGUCACUGUGUGGUUGAGCUAAUAGAGGCAGGUUACCUUCCAGUAGUGGUGGAUAACUUCAGUAAUGCUGUAAGAGGUAAGUGCAGCAACUGGAAACACAGGCUUAUGAUAUAUCCAAGUACAUUGUCAUACAGUUGGCUGCUAUUUUAUUAAUAUUAUUAUUUAUUUAUUUGUUAAAUGCAUCGAUACUCAUGUCUUGUAUGAUUCUGUUUGUGUGUGUGUGUGUGUGUGUGUGUGUGUGUGUGUGUGUGUGUGUGUGUGUGUGUGUGUGUGUGUGUGUGUACGCUGUGUAUUUCUGUGACUGGAGGAGAAGGUGAUGUGCCGGAGAGUAUACGAAGGAUAGAGAAGCUCCUGGACACCAGCAUCGAGUUUCAUGAACUAGAUCUUUUGGACCAACCUGGCUUGGAAAAACUCUUCAAAAAGGUCAGAAAGUUACAUCAGCUUUUCGAUAAAUCAAACCAGAACUGGAACAAUCACACAGUCAACUGCUUUGUCAAAAACCAAAAGUAGAUUUUUUUUUGUCACUCAUUAAGUUUGUAAAUAGUUUUUUUUUUUUUUUUAAACAAAAUUAUUAUUAUUAUUAUUAUUAUUAUUAUUGUUUUAUUUAUUUAUUUAUUUGAAACAUACAGUAUCCCUACUGGCCACCACACAUUCUCAUACAACCUCAAAAAUAUGAAACUUUAAGUCGUGAAACUGCGCAUAUUCGUACAGAAAGAUGUUCUUCAUUGGUGAAAAUGUUGACUGUGUAUCUCUCUGUGUUGCAGCAUUCCUUUAGUGCAGUGAUGCACUUUGCUGGACUGAAGGCUGUUGGAGAAUCAGUGGAGCAACCAUUACGCUAUUACAGAGUCAAUCUCACUGCCUCCAUGAAUCUGCUUGAGGUCAGUAUUAGCUUUUAUGACUUGCCCUGAAACCCCCUGUGUUCUGCACUGCCCUCAUUAUUACAGCCACCCCUCUGAUCCUAAUGUGCACUUUUUUUUUUAACUUUGUUUGCUUGAGAGUGUUUAGCAAUACUAGUUUUGAUAACUAACACUGCACUCAUAAUAACUCUGGAUGUCUGAAGCCCACCAUGUCUAUCAAACUCAAAGGUUAUGCUAAUCCCUAAGAUGUUUGUGUGUGUGCACUUUGGACUGCUUCCUCACUGGCUGCUGACUGUUUGUGUGUGCUGAGUUUGUGUGCAUCUGCAUGUGUCCCAGGUGAUGCAGGCUCACAAGGUGCACAAUCUGGUCUUCAGCAGCUCAGCCACAGUGUAUGGAGACCCUCAACACCUUCCCAUUGAUGAGCAGCAUCCUGUGGGUGGCUGCACAAACCCCUACGGCAAGACCAAGUACUUUAUUGAAGAGAUGAUCAAGGACCACUGCAAAGCUGAGAAGGUAAUUGAGAGGGUGAAAGAUGGGCAAACACACAAGUAGUACAUGUGUACAUGUUGUCUAAGAUUUGCCUCUUUCUGACUAGGACUGGAAUGCAGUGCUGUUGCGGUAUUUCAACCCGAUUGGAGCCCAUUCAUCUGGCCAGAUAGGAGAAGACCCUCAGGGUAUCCCCAAUAACCUGCUGCCAUAUGUUGCCCAGGUGUGCUAACUCUCUGCCAAAUUUGAGCUUUGUCAGAGCAUGAAACAUGCAUCCCAGGGUGUGUUUGUAGCUGGAGCUGCCUGAUGAUUUUACAUUGUUUACAUUGUUUAAUUGACUAAUCUUAAGGUUGCCAUUGGGAGAAGACAGUGCCUCAGUGUAUUUGGGAAUGACUAUGACACACCCGAUGGGACAGGUAAUCAAGAAGACCUACACCUGAAGGAAAAUAGAUGACAGAUUGAUUGUGGAUUGAAAUCUUCUUGUGGGCAAGAUUCAGAAACAGGUUUUCUCAUUUUUUUAGGUGUGAGAGAUUAUAUCCAUGUUGUAGAUCUGGCAAAGGGGCACAUAGCAGCUCUGAAGAAACUGAAGGACAACUCUGGGUGCAAGGUACGUUCAAGAUAAUAAAAAGAAAGAGGGGCCCUUUAAACACAUUUUCUUAUUCAAUGCACUGACACAGUUAUAGUUUGCUAGCAUAUGAGCAUUUCUGUAUCUGCAGGUUUACAACCUGGGAACAGGAAGAGGAUACUCAGUGCUCCAGAUGGUGAAAGCCAUGGAGAAGGCAUCAGGAAGAGAGGUGAGUGACAGUAGAAUCCCAUUACUCAUGAGGUCAAUUGUUUGAAUGGUAGGAGAUUAUAAAGUGCUACCUGAAAAUAACUUGGAUUUGUGACAGUAUUUCCUGUGUUUUACUGAGUGUUUGAAAUUGACCGAGCUGGCCUGUAAUCUUCAGAAGUUCCUGCUUUCUGGUUUGACCACCCUUCUCUUUAUAAGUAAUACAUUUGUUUGAAUGUGUCCCAUCACAGAUCCCAUACAAAGUUGCCCCACGAAGAGGAGGAGACAUAGCAUCCUGCUAUGCUGACCCAUGUCUAGCCGAGAAGGAGCUAGGCUGGAAGGCCAGCUUUGACCUAGAAAGAAUGUGUAAGGACAUGCUCACAGAUCUGGUUGUUAACAGCGCCUGUUUGUUUGUUAAAGAGUUUGUGGUGUGUCUAUGUGUGUGUAUCAUGAAUAUAACUAUAUGACUAAUUAAAUAUACAUAUUUUUGAAACUGUGAAGGUGAGGAUCUAUGGCGUUGGCAGUCCAUGAACCCAACUGGAUUUUCAAAGGGGACAGCAUCUUGAUGAAGCUCCAGCCUUGUGUUGUAAUCAAACCUCCUGACAAAUCACCGGGCCAAAGGGAACCAUAAACUUCCUCAUUUUGCAUACUGCACAUUUUAACAGCAAAUCUGAAGGGAAGCCAAAUGCUUUAUGUUAUACUUAAUUUUCUAUUUGUUAUCUAUUCUCAAAUUCAUGUUACUGUACAAAUGUCUGUCUGUCUUUGUUCUUAUUUCAGAUUAACAAUUUUGUUUCCAAUUUAUGUUUUGUUUGAUGUAUUGAUUUGCAAGCCAUAACAGUAAAUCUAAAUAAAUUAAUUUUCUUACUGGAGUAUUUG